GUGUUCAGAUCCAUUUGAGUCGAGUGGGUCAGACCACCGAGAAGCGCCGCACGUCUCCCACUUCAGCACAUCCCCUCUCCUCGCCGCCGUCCUCCACUCAGCCGACGCGCCGCCAACUUGAUAACAAGUUCCCGGCAACGCAGUGGUUGUCACGCCUCCGGCUCCGCUCGCAUCCCGACGAGAAUGGAAGGGCGCCCCUCAAAUGAAAUAUCAUCUGCGGAAGCUGUCUUGGUGGGAGCAUUGUCAUCUGGUGUUAAUGCUCCCACGUGGUUUGUGCUCAAGAUUACAUUUUUGCUACUGGCCUUCUGUUUUACCGCAAUGCUUUCUCUAGCAUUUUCAUCAAAAAAUUUUGUGAUUGUUGGACAUGUUCUUCUGCUCGUAACUAUUGGCACAGUGCUAUUUGUACUUCUUAACAGGUUUCUGGCAGAAGUUGGGCUUGUGCCUGUCGAACAACAGAUGCAGGAGAUUGGCAUCCAUAAAACAGAAACUACAGAUAGAGAGAAAAGAAACUAACAGUGACCCACUUUUAUUGAUAUGGAAGACAUCUUAGCACCUUACAUCAAUAGACAGAGUUCCAUCUAGCUCCAAUGAUAGAAUGUGUUUUCAGAUAUAUCUGAAGUUUAGACUGUACAAUUUUGUGCAAAUGAUCAUAGCUCUUUGGACAUAAUAUCACACAUCUUCAGGAAAUGGAUGUAGCAGCAGACCACUUCUAAGCUUGCUUUCCCUCUUCUUUCUUUGGUUUGCUCUUCUUUUUCUUGAGGCAACAGAAACAUGAGCAGCAGGGGAACUGAAACAAUAACUUCAUUGUAUGAGAAUUCACCAAUACUUCGUCUGCAGAAGUGUUUCACCGAAGGGAUUUGCAUGCUACCCUUAAAUAUGCUACAUGGAUUCCUUGCUUAUCAAUGUGGCAGUAGAAUUUGUGGCCCAAAUGCCUUCCGCUUGGAGCUUUUCACUUCCGCUUAUACUUUCUUUCGUUGGUGGUCUUUAUGUGUCUGGUUGUUUUAGUGAGCAAACGAGAUUUUUGCGGCAAGUAACAACGGCUAUUGUUCCAUUGCUUCUA